GUUAUCACUUUGGGUCGCUGUCGCUGCUGUCAUCGUUUCAUGAAAAUGAGUGGAGUGGUUUACCGUGGUUUAGCUUAUUUAAAACAUCGCAAUUUCACAAAUGAUUCAGUGAUAAACUCUCUAAGGACGAGGACAGUUAGAUAUUUUUCUGUAACACAUAAAAAUAAUAUGAAACUUGUACAAUUUACAUACAAUCUGCCGGAAGGUUCCGGUAGUGGCUUGCGAGUAGGAUAUAUUGAAGGAGAAAACGUCGUGGAUUUAAAUAAAGCAGAUUCCAGCUUACCGACCACGCUAUUAGGCGUUUUGUCUACUGGAUCCCUAGAAAAAGUGAAAAAACUAAAAUCGAGCAACCCGAAAACGGUACCAUUAUCAUCAGUGACGCUAGCCGCGCCAAUAACAGGCAUGGAUAAGGUGCUUUGCAUUGGACUUAACUAUAAAGACCACUGCGAGGAACAAAACCUGACACCGCCUCCAGUUCCGAUGAUCUUCAGCAAGUUCGCCAGCUGCGUGAUAGGACCUAACGAUGUUUUGAAGCUCAGGACUCAGGUUACCAAGAAAGUGGACUGGGAAGUGGAGCUGGCGGUGGUGAUUGGCAAGAAGACCUCUUUCGUGAAGGCAGCUAAUGCUUUCGACCACGUGAUGGGGUACACGGUGGCUCAGGACAUAAGCGCUAGGGACUGGCAGAAGGAGAGGAAUGCGGGGCAGUUCUUACUUGGAAAGGCUAUGGACACAUUCUGCCCCAUCGGCCCCUGGAUAGUGACCAGUGACGAGAUUGGAGACCCCCAGAACUUGAACAUAAGAUCCUCCAUCAACGGGGAGGUCAAACAAAAGAGCAAAACCGACCAGCUGAUCCAUAAGAUACCUGACGUCAUUGAACGAUUGUCUUCGGUAAUGACACUAUACCCAGGCGAUAUAAUACUAACGGGCACUCCCGGCGGCGUGGGCAUGUACAGGAACCCCUCGGAGUACCUCAAACCUGGGGACGUCAUCGAGAGUGAGAUACAAAACAUCGGGGUGCUAACUACUAAAGUUGUAGAUGCGAAAUAAAACUCAGAUAUAUGUUUAUACUAGAAUUCACAUUAUAAAUCGUGUUAAUUUCCGCUCCCGUGGGAAAUUAGGAAAAUCCUCUCUCAGUGCACCUUCCCUAGAUAUAAAAAUCUACAUGGGUUCAUAAGAGAUGGUUUUUAACGCCUGCCAAAUGUUGAAUAACUUUAUUGAAUUGGAUAAAAAAACUUAUGAUUAUGUACAUAGUUUCUCUAUACAAAAAAUAACUACAUUAAACUUACUUAUUUACUUGUCAUAAAAUUUGACUCGUGAUUAACAGCCUUGCAGUAAUAAUAAUGUUAUUUUGUUGUCGAUGGUAUUUAUUUUUGCAAAAAUAUUUCUUAACCCGUGGUAUCACGGUAUUAUAAAACGAAUUAAUAAAAUCGAUGUAUAAUCGAUAUAAAAUUAAAACAUAACAUUAGCGAAACAAAUUAUGUGUGUUAAACUUUUUAUACUAAGAAAAGUUCAUGAAAUUGUAACAAAUGUAAAUAAUCGUUUUUAUACAACAAAUCAAGUUCAUUUAGACUUAUAUUGUACAGUCCGAAUAUUUAUACUUAGAGAAUAAAAAAGGUUAUAUGUUAUAUAUUGUAAGUUCAAUCCGAAGAUUUUAAUCGGUUUUCCAUCUGACUUAAAUAAAAGAGGUUUUCAAUUCUAUUGUAUGUUAUAAUUUUUUUUAUGUAUAUUACAUGAAUGUUCUGAAAUCAAAACUGAUUUUGAAUUUUCUUAUUUGUGUGUGUCAUCAUUUAAAUUUCAUUAGAAGAAAAAAUUAUAAGAACGUUCUUAUUAAAAAUGGUUAAAGCUUUGUUAAAAAGCAAAUAUUGUUUAUAUCUAUAGGUUUGUAAAAUGCAUUUAAUCUUGUUGCAAUAAACUUGUUUUAUAUAUAAA